AGAGGUUAGAAAAGAAGUGGAAGAUGGAUAUAUCAGAUUCACAAUGUGGUAGUGGGUGUGAGUCCGUUUGGACUCUGUAUUUAGAUCAAUCCUCUUUGAAGAGUAAAUGGUGGAGUUUUAGUGGGGUUGUUGAUGAAGAUUAUGGAGGAAAAGGAGCUCGAGUGAAGUAUGUGGAAGAAGGUGAGGAGGAUUUGUCAAUGGUGUCUGAUGCAUCCUCUGGACCAAGACAUUGUUGUGAAGACGAUGAAAACUGCUAUGAAGAACAUGCGUAUUUUUUUCCUGCUCUAUCAGCUGCUGAAUUUGCCAAGAAAAGAAAAAGCAAGAACAAGAUAAGAGAAAACCAACAGCAUUCUUAUCUUGACGACACCGCUAGCUCCACUGUGCUAAGCUUUUCCAAGGCAAGUUCCUAAACAGAUUGCUGUAAUAUGUUGUUAUAAGUAUAGCAGUGAUUCGUUUCUAACAAAUUAUGCUAAUGGUGUGUCAUUGGUCUCCUUACAGAAGAAUCUCAAAAAGGAAAAUUCGAUGGAUGUUUUCGAUUAUUCACAAGACUGCUAUGCUACCAAUACUAUGGUACUUUAUUAUCUACGCUUCCCAGAUUUUUGUUUCCAAUAUCUCUUUUCUACAUAAAUUCUUCUAAGGGAUAACUUAAUGAUACCACCACUGCAUAUUAUAGGGAAAAUCAGGAUUCAGGAAGAAACUUGGUUUCCUUCAUACCUCUUUUGCUGGCAAAGCAGUUUCAAGAGAAGCAGGCUAGUCUCUAUGUUUACUUCUCAUUUAUGUCCUUUUGUCCAGAAUGUAGACAGUGAAUAUGGGGUGCUUAAAUGUGCCUAAUAUCUAUUGUAUUAAUUAACUUAUUCACAGGUG